AUGACGUGGUCGGAGAGAGGCUACCAGCUCCCAAGAAGACAUCAUCAGGAUGCGACCUAUUCCCGAAAGGUCUUCAUCGGUGGCUUGCCCCCUGAUUUUGACUCGGCGAAACUGGUACAGAGUUUCCAAGGAUGCGGCUCCGUGAGAGCAAUUAAGAAACCGGGGAAGGGUCACGCGUAUAUAAUCCUAGAAUCUAACGACCACGUGAAAAGCCUCUUGUCGAGGUGUCAGAGAUCGGUAUCCGGCGACUUCUACUUCUCGAUCGUUGGCCGGGCGACCCAAGUCAUUCCGUGGGCGGAACAGGAUAGUGAAUGGGGGACGGAAUUCACGUCGCCGAGAACCAACACCAUUUUCGUGGGGGCACUGCACGGACAAACGACGGCGGAGCACGUGAAGAUCAUCAUGGAGGAUAGAUUCGGCCAAGUGCGGUUCGUGAAGAUCGACACCGACAGCUACAACUACCCGAACGGCUCCGCCAGGGUCCAAUUCGUAUUCCACGAAUCGUACUGCGCAGCUAUAAACGUCAAUAUACUGAGGGUCGUGACCAAGGAUUACGAGCGCAACAUACAGCUGGAACCGUUUUUCGAGAAAAAUAUUCCGUGUAGCAGACGCUGUGGAUCCAUGAGCUCUGUCAUUUGCAGACAUUAUCUGUGUCUACAGUACUUCUGCAGAGCUUGUCACAGAAUACAUCAGAACCAGCAAUCCGAAAAUCGGGACUUGCACAAACCCAUCGGGCUUCUUUAA